GCAACAAAACAACCUAGGCUGAAUACGUUUUUGAAUUAUUUUAUAUUCUGUGUCCGACAAUCCGGGACAACCAAGGUGUCGAGAUGGAAAGCACUCCUGUUGAAAUAUUCAAAGAAGAGAAUAAGUGCCUAUCCACGCUGCUGGACGACUGUCCGGUGAAUUCUUCAGCCUGGGUGUCCGGAUACUCCGAGAGCCGCAAUGUGACCCGCAAUGAUAGCUGGGAGGCGGAACACAUGUCCCCCAUAAUCCCCAUCAUCACUGCGGUCUACUCCGUGGUGUUUGUGGUCAGCUUGUUGGGCAACUGCCUGGUCAUGUAUGUGAUCAUCAGGUACACGAAGAUGAAGACAGCGACCAACAUUUACAUUUUCAAUCUAGCUCUGGCUGAUGCCCUCAUCACCACCACCAUGCCCUUCCAGAGCACGGACUACCUGUUGAACACCUGGCCCUUUGGUGAGGUGGUUUGCAAAGUGUUCAUCUCCAUCGACUACUACAACAUGUUCACCAGUAUCUUCACCCUCACCAUGAUGAGUGUGGAUCGCUACGUGGCUGUGUGCCACCCUGUGAAAGCUCUGGAUUUCCGCACUCCAAUCAAAGCCAAGAUGAUCAACGUGUGCAUCUGGAUCCUGUCCUCGGUUGCGGGGAUACCUGCUUUUAUCCUCGGUGGCACCCAGACCAAGAGUGGAAUAACUGAGUGUGCCUUGCAGUUCCCAGAGCCGUACGUGUACUGGGACACACUGAUGAAGAUCUGUGUGUUUGUCUUUGCCUUCGUGGUGCCUGUGCUCAUCAUCACUGUGUGCUACUCCCUCAUGGUCCUGAGGCUGAAGAGCGUCCGAAUGUUGUCCGGCUCCAGGGAGAAAGAUCGCAACCUGCGGAGGAUCACGCGUCUGGUGGUGGUCGUGGUGGCUGUGUUCGUGGUGUGCUGGACGCCCAUUCACAUUUUCGUCCUGGUUAAGGCGCUGGUGGGCGUACCUGAGACCACCGCCAUCAUGGCUGCCUACUUCUUCUGUGUGGCUCUGGGCUACACUAACAGCAGCCUGAACCCUGUCCUGUAUGCCUUUCUAGAUGAGAACUUUAAACGCUGCUUUAAAGACUUCUGCCUCUCGGCCAAACUGAAGGGGGAGAAGGUGUCGGGGAGCAAGAAGAUUGCAAGCAGCGUGAGGGAGGCCGCUGUUCCGUUGGAGAACACCGAUGGGACUAGAAAGCCGGCAUGACUAGCCGUGGAACUGUCUUCAAUUUCCCACAUCGGAAAAGAAGACUCACAUGACUUUGGCAUAACCCAUGUCACAUCAGCCAUGUAGUUUUGACUUUUUUUUCAUCAUCACUUGGACAUUGACUAGUGCCAAUAUUCAUAUGACAUAACUUCAGAAAGCAAUGGAAGGUUUUACAUGAUAAAUUGUACUCCAUUUUGAUUUGCUUUACCCUCAUGGGAGUUGUUACAUAGAUUGUUCACUUCGGUUGAUUGGGUGAAGUAGGAAAAAAGACCAAAUGUGAUUAAAGAUGGUCAAUACCAUC